UCACUUUGGAUAGACAAGUAUAAUUGUUUUCUAAUAUUUUUUUGUGCUUGAUAUAUAGAUACAAAAAUUUAUCAAACACCCAUUCAUUCACUAAGAAGCUGGAUUGAAGAAAACGUCAUAUUAGCAUUAUCAAAUUGUCAUUUAGUGCCAAACUUGCUGUUGGGAGUGUUUUGUGUUUUCACGAACCCGGAAUUACUAAUAGAAUUCGCGUUGACUGCCCAGAGUCCGCGAAUUAAUCCUUAUCUACUUAUCAGGGCCCACCUACUCAGGUUUUGGACUAAAAUUUUAGCACUAAGAAACUAAGAAAAUGGCACAAACGAUAACGUUUGGUGACUCAGUCGCCCCAAUAACAUGUCAUGCGUGGAAUAAGGACAGAAGUCAAAUCGCGUUCUCGCCAAACAACAAUGAAGUUCAUAUUUACCAAAAGGAAGGUGGUGAUUGGAAGCAAACCAACAACCUGGUGGAGCACGACCUGAGGGUUAUGGGCAUAGACUGGGCUCCGAACACAAACCGCAUAGUGACGUGCUCCGUGGACCGCAAUGCGUACGUGUGGACCCAGGGGGAGGACGGCAAGUGGUCUACCACUCUCGUACUGCUGCGUAUCAACAGAGCUGCCACUUGUGUGAAAUGGUCGCCCAUGGAAAACAAGUUCGCGGUCGGCUCAGGAGCGAGACUCAUCUCGAUUUGCUACUUCGAGAAAGAGAAUAACUGGUGGGUGUCUAAGCACAUCAAGAAGCCUAUCCGCUCAACCGUCACUUCCAUCGAUUGGCAUCCGAAUAACAUCUUACUUGUCGCUGGAUCUGCUGAUUUUAAGGUGCGGGUCUUCUCGGCGUACAUCAAGGACAUUGAGGACCAACCAGGCCCUAACGUUUGGGGUUCGAAACUCCCCCUAGGGCAGUUGUUGGCAGAGUUCCCGAACUCCAGUUCUGGUGGUGGAUGGGUGCAUAGCGUCUCGUUCUCUGCCGACGGGAACAAGGUGGCCUGGGUGGGUCAUGACAGCUCCAUCAACGUAGCCGACGCUACUCAAGGAAAAGCUGUCAUCAAACUAAAGACUGAAUAUCUGCCAUUUUUGGGAUGCAGUUGGAUUUCCAACAAUUCCCUUAUUGUGGCAGGGCAUAGCUGCAUUCCACUGCUGUACUGCCAUGAUGGUGAUGAGAUCAAGUUCAUUGCCAAACUAGAUAAUACUCAGAGGAAGGAGUCUGGGGGUUUGUCAGCCAUGAAGAAGUUCCAGUCGCUGGACCGACAGGCGCGCAUUGAGACCAGCGACACCUUCCUGGAUUCCAUUCACCAGAAUGCUAUAUCUUGCAUAAGCAUUUACCAGGGUACUAAGGAUAGCGUGAAGAAAUUCAGUACUUCAGGUCUGGACGGCCAACUAGUCAUCUGGGACUUCGACUCCUUGGAGAGAGCUAUAGAAGGACUGAGGAUUGUCUAAAUAAAAAGUUUAAUUAAAUUUAUAAUUUUAUUUCAAGGAAUAAUAAUUCAGUUGCGUGCGAGUACUGAAGUCACUCAAAAUGUUUAGAAAAUAAUUGGAAAAGCCGUGAAAUAAAUUGCAAUCACAGUCUGAUCAGUCUAGCUACAAAGUAAAACUUCAAGCAAUACAGCCGUGAGUGAAUUCAGCUCCCAUACAGUAGAAACUUUCAAAUAUACAGAAUAAACUAUUAUCAUUUAUAGA